AUGCAAGGAGGAUUUUCAAUGGUCCUUCUGUUCCAAUGGUCUUUUAUUCUGGGAGGUGUUCUGAACAUGGCACAGUCCAUCUGGGAGGCGCUUGCUGCACGGACCAAAGCCCUUGCUCCACUUGUCUAUCAUUUCAAUGGUCUUGCUGAUCUGCAAUGGGCUCAACAAAUUAGAGAGCGUGAAAAAUCCAAGAAAAAAAUGGUCAAGGAGUGGAAUAGCUACCAAUCCAUGUCAACUGAUUCAAAUGUAUCAACAACAGCAUCCGCAUCCCAACUUUCGACACUUGUUUGGCAUCAGCAUCUGCACAAGUACACAGCUCACCGUAGAUCAAUACUUGCUGCCGCGACGUUUUAUAUCGCUGCCCUCUUGGCUUUGUCGCAGUUCUCGUACCACCAGGCCAACACGUCUGGACGGGCGCGCUCAACGUUGGCUCUGACCAUAACUUUGUUUUCCACGACUGGGAGGAGUACUUAUCCUAGGUUGAGAGUCACAAGUGAACAAACAGAAAACAAAUCCCAUCAUGUUCUGCGGGUUUGGGCCAAUCCUGAGGUACUGGAGGACCUCUGUGAUUUAUCCUUUUUGAUUGGAUCCUUAAUGGACUCCAUGUUAGACGACGUGCGCGUUUCGGCGCACUUCGACACAUGGGCCAUCGUGUCAUCACUGCUGUGGCUGAUUGACGCCUGCUUAUACCUGCAAUCCAAUUUUGUCAUGGCCAGUAGAGUCAAAAAGAGCCAUGAUAUUAAAAGCGAUUCAUGUUUUGUUUGA